AUGGGCCACGCUGUCCACGCUCAGCUCGCGGCGCAGAAACCCGCGGAGGUGCUCACGGCGAUGGCGAGCACGUACGCCAAGUGCCGCCAGCCCCGCGACGCGCGCAUGGUGUUCGACAAUAUGCCUGUCCCAGACCACGUUGCCUGGAACGCGCUCGUUGUGCAGUACGUGAGGAAUGGGAUCACUAUUGCAGUCAUGGCGUUGGUGGUUCAGAACGGGGAGCGGCCUGACUCCGUCAUGCUCGUGUCCAUGCUGAUCGGCUGCGCUGACGCCCAGGAACUUGGGGUCUGCCGUGAGGUGCACACUUUUGCUGUCGGCACCACUGAGGCUCUGGCACAUUUCAAGGCGAUGGUGGGGAAGGGCAUGGAUGUGACUGAUGUGUCUGUAAUGGCAGCAUUGCAUGCUUGUGGCGAGCUUGUGUAUCUUGAUCAGGGAGCUAUUUGUGAGGAUUGGACUGGAGUCAAAUGUGCCAGUGAUGAACGCGGAGAUCACCAUGUACUCCCAAGUGCAAGAGGACCGACCUUGCUGCUGGUUGCCAGCUUCACGCGGGAUGGAAGGUCAGAUGAUGCGAGGAGGCUCUUCUUCAGUAUGCAGCUUGCAAAUAUGAAACCUGAUUCGUUUACUCUGGCAAUUGCAAGUUGCACAUGA